AUGGUGCCCCUCCGCAAGCCCGGCGGCCUCACCCCGCUGGACCGACUGCUGCACCUGGCGGCCUUCAGCGCGCAGCGGCUCUCCUCAUGGGGCCUGGGGGCCAAGCUGCUUGCACUUGCGGCGCUCGCCAGCGCCAACGUCGCCGUGGGGGCGGCUGCCUACGUCUGGGCGACUGGGGACGACUG